AUUUUGAGGACGCGUGGAAAGUGGGGAUAACUAAUCGCUGAACUUGCGUUUAUGACGAGACUCGAGUGUCUGUCGUAAUUAAUUAAGCUAAUGACUGAGGCUCCGGGUUUUAUCGUACAUCACAGACAAGAAAUCAUGUAGGAUGAAUGGCGCCCCGCCACUAAGCCGACUGCAGUAGUAAUCCAGUGCAACGUCGAGUGGUAUCGCACAAGUAGACAUGUCACUUGUUGAAUCCUACAUUCUUUUAGCGACCGCCUUCGUAUCAGCGUACGCGCAUCCGCAAAACACGUUAUUAAACGACGUAGAAACGAUCAUCAAGUCGGUUUUUAAGGCAGCACGAGAACCAGCAACGUUUAAUUUGUAUACCAGGGAAAAUCCUUUCGGUGAGGAACAGUUAUUCUUGAAUAAUACAGAAGUCCUCUAUGCAUCUCACUUUAAUGAAAGUCGUCCAACGAAGUUUAUCGUUCAUGGAUUUAGCGACACUGGUAAUGAAGCAUGGGUACGAGGACUCAUAGACGCUUACCUGUUACACGAAGAUGUGAACGUAAUAGUCGUUGGUUGGGGUAUCUUGGCAGCAGACGUUUAUCCUGUGGCUGCGAACAAUACACGCAAAGUAGGAGAAUUUUUUGGGGAUUUUCUCGAAUUUCUUAACAGAGAAUCGAAUCUCGAAUACAAGGACGUUCAUAUUAGCGGUCAUAGUUUGGGUUCGCACGUAGCAGGUUUUGCUGGGGCUUAUCUCGAUGGUCGUAUCGGCCGAAUAACUGGUCUAGAUCCUGCAAGUCCUCUUUUUGAAACGAUCUCAGGAAUCGUUGAUCCAGAAUUUCGAUUAGAUCCUACGGACGCACAAUUUGUUGAUGUUAUACAUACAAGUGGACCGGCUUUUGGAUUUCUGGCACCCUUAGGUCAUGCUGAUUUUUAUCCCAAUAAUGGUGAAUUCCCACAACCUGGAUGUUCUUUCUUACCAACGACCACCUAUUGUAGUCAUUCUCGUGCACAUCAGUUUAUGACAGAAAGCAUUGGUAGUACUGCAGGGUUUAAAGCAAGGACCUGUGAAAGUUGGGAAAAAUACAAGGAACGUCGUUGUGAUUACAAUCCGAUUGUCUUAAUGGGAGAAUACGCAUCCACAUCAUUACGAGGCAAAUUUUAUUUGUCCACCAACGAUGAACCACCGUUCGCAAUAGAAUGAGAAAGGACCCGGGUAUCGAAUUUGAAAAGCAAGGCAAUAACGAUCGUGUAUAUAUAUGCGAUUAAAUAAUCAGUACUAGUCAUUUGUAAGUUACUUUAUUUAUGUAGAUUUACGUGUUUGCUUAGGCGUUAUGCACGCAUGCAUGUACCUCAAUUUUCAUCCAGAUCUCCAAAACGUCUCAUUGCGUUUGAUCAACGCCGAAAAAAAAAUAAAAAAAGAAAAAAAAAUAAAGAAUAAAAAAUAAAGAAGAAUAAAAACGAUCCAUAUCUGUAUCUCUACGUACAUAAGUACAAAUUAAGAUGAUAAUUAUACAAUAUGCAAUAGAUUCAAAAUGAACAUCUUAAUUUUUUCUCUGUACUUUGCACGAGAUAAAUAAAUGAUCAUAUGAUUGGGUUUA